AUUAGCCUUUCCAGAUGAGCCAAUUUUCUUUCUAUCGGGAUCUGAGGAAGGCCAGAGCCUCACAGCCUGAGCUGCUUGUGAAAAGAAGACAAACACCAUACUCCACAAGGGACGUGCAUUCAGCGCGACCGAUCAAAGUGUUUAGAGGCAGAUAAAGAGAAAGAGUGCACUGCACUCCUGUGUAUUAGGGGCUAUUCUCACGCUAUGUCUUUAUCCGACAGAAAAGCAGUCAUGCUAACACACCAACAAGGAAGUAUUUGCUUCACCAGGAAAUUAAGUAUCGUCAUCUACUGCUGGAGACUUUCACACACAGUUCUCUUUGUAGCAACGUUUCUAGUCAUGCAAGGGCAAGCCCUAAGCUCGCCGAUUCUGGCAUGCUACUAUCAGCCGACAGGUUACUUCCCUCCCUCCAAAGUGCCUGCCGACUUGUGCACUCACUUAAUCUAUGCCUUCGGCACCAUCACGUCCUCUGGCAGCUCGGGGCCCGGCAUCGUCCCGCCCACAGGAAGCCAGGCCUCUGCAUGGAGAACCCUGACAUCCCUCAAGACGUCGAACCCUGAUCUGAAGGUGCUUCUGUCCCUUCAGCAGGGCUUUCCUACUGUGGUAGGGAGCGAUCAAAGCAAAAUGCAAGCGUUUGCAACCAAUGCUAUCGCCCUGCUUCGCCAGUACUCGCUUGAUGGAGUAGACUUCGACUGGGAGUUUCCCUCAUCAAGUGAUCGAGCAAAUUACGCUAAUUUCCUUAGGAUUGUGCGCAGUGCAGUGCAAGAGGAGGCUCAGAAAACUGGCAGACCACCACUGCUUGUCUCCCUUGCUCUGGCCAAUAACGUGUAUACGGCAAAGGCGGCCUAUGAUUUCAAUACUUUGGCAAGUACUGUCGACUUCGCAACUGCCAUGGCUUAUGACUUCCACCUCUACAUCAAGAACAAAGAUGUGAAGACUGGUUACAACAGUCCGCUGUUUACUACACCAGGUGACCCCACGUACUUUUCAGCAUCGGCCUUGGCGAACUUUUACCUGCAGCAGGGACUGCCAGGGGAAAAGCUGUUGCUAGGCAUUCCCACCUACGGGCGUUCCUGGACGCUAGCCGAUGCUUCCAACCAUAACCUUCAUGCUCCAGCUACGGGCAAAGGUGCUCCUGGACCUGUCCGCGGCUUAACUGGAAUUUAUGCCUACCCCGACGCCUGCAAGUCAGGGGCAACAGUGGUGGAGGACAGUACAUUGGAGUGCCUACCUGUACCAGGACCUGACGUGGGUGGCAUUUGACAACACAGCGACUGUGCAAGCUAAGUGUAACUGGGCUGCUGGACAAGGUCUGGGAGGCGUUGGCGUUUGGUCCCUGGCUCUUGAUGACGUCGACGGAGUAUGUGGAG